UAGCGGUUCGGUCCUCUCCAGACUUGGCUGAUAACUAUUGUUAUUCAAUUACAACAAGGGAAACUAACGCUAUCUAUUAAGUACUAGUAGCUUAUACGCGUGUCUGUGUUUGUUUUUCAGCAAUAUAUUUAAAGCCAGUCUGUCAUAUGUAUACAUGUACGUAUGUGCCUACAUGAACUGUAAUCGCUAUCUCGCAAUCAUCUAUAAAUAUGGCAGCACACUCCAAUUCGCGUUGAGUAUUGUGCGAAAAGCCUUAAUUGUCGGUCGUUUGCUUAAACUCACAAAAACAUUGUACAUAAAUUACUUGGCUGAAAAACAAAAACUAGUUGCUACAUUAGCAAUAAGAUGGCUUUGACCGAGGCGCUCUUCCUUAUCGUGGGCGCUUUGAGUGCCGUUUACAUAUGGUUCCAGCGCAGCCACAGCUACUGGCAGCGGAAGGGCAUUCCCUACAUCCCGCCCACACCCAUUAUCGGCAACACAAAGGUCGCAUUCAAGCUGGAGAACUCGUUCGGGCUGCAUCUGUCGGAGAUUUACAAUGAUCCCAAGAUGCAGGACGAGGCGGUGGUGGGCGUGUAUGCAAUCAACAAGCCCGGUCUGGUUAUACGCGACCCGGAAUUGGUCAAGUCCGUGCUGGUCAAGGACUUCAAUCGGUUCCACAAUCGAUACGGCCGCUGUGAUCCCCACCGCGAUCCUCUGGGCUCCAACAAUCUAUUCUUUGUGCGGGACACGCACUGGAAGGACAUCCGAACCAAGCUGACGCCGGUUUUCACCAGUGGAAAGGUCAAGCAAAUGUAUACCUUGAUGCUGGAGAUAGCUCACGAUCUAGAGGAGCAUCUGAAGAGACAUGGCCAGAGCAAUCCCGGCAAGUACAUCACGGAGAUCAAGGAAGUCUGUGCGCUGUUCUCGACGGACAGCAUAGCCACGAUUGCCUAUGGCGUUCGGGCCAACAGUCUGCAGAAUCCAAAUGCGGAGUUCCGCAACCAUGGACGCCAACUGUUCACCUUCACCAUCUCCCGUGCGAAGGACUUCUUUGUGGCCUUCUUCCUGCCAAAGUUGGUGUCGCUGCUGCGCGUUCAGUUCUUCAGCAAGGAAUUCUCUCACUUCUUGAGGAGCACCAUUGGACAUGUGAUGGAGGAGCGGGAGCGCACCGGCGCCAUUCGUAACGAUCUAAUCGAUGUACUGGUGAGCCUGCGCAAGGAAGCGGCCGAGGAGCCCUCCAAGCCACACUAUGCCCGCAAUUUUGACUUCCUGGUAGCCCAGGCCGGUGUAUUCUUUACGGCCGGCUUCGAAACCUCUUCGUCCACCAUGUCCUUUGCCCUCUAUGAGCUGGCCAAGAAUCCCCACUUGCAGGCCCGCUUGCGGCAGGAGAUCAACGAGUCUCUGGUGGAGGGCGGCGGCAAUCUCUCCUACGAGAAGAUCCAGUCCCUCGAGUACCUGACCAUGGUGGUGGAUGAGGUGCUGCGCAUGUAUCCAGUGCUACCGUUCCUCGACCGCGAGUACAACAGCAUCGAGGGCCAGCCGGACCUGUCCCUCAAACCCCACUACGACUUCACGUACGAGCAUGGCACCCCAGUCUUCAUACCCGUAUACGCACUGCAGCACGAUCCGAAGUACUGGCCCAAUCCCGAACAGUUCGAUCCGGAGCGCUUUUCGCCGGAGAACCGCAAAUCCAUUGUGGCCAUGGCCUAUCAACCCUUUGGCUCGGGUCCCCACAACUGCAUUGGCAGUCGCAUCGGGCUGCUGCAAACGAAACUGGGACUGGUUCACAUACUCAAAAAUCAUUCGGUUAAAGUGUGUGCAGACACCAUAAAGGAAAUGAAAUUCGAUCCCAAGGGAUUCGUGCUGCAGUCCCUGACAGGCAUACACCUGGAGAUAGUCAACGAUCGCCUGUACGAGGAGAGUGCAGCUCAGGCUCAAUGAAUCGCGGCUAUCAAGCACGAGAUAUAUAUAGAUAGAGAGUGCGACUAAAUUGUAUUGAUUAUCGGCUUAUAUUGUUCAAUUGAUUAUGCAAUAAUCCAAAACAGAAUUGACAGGCGCGUGAUAAAAGCGAUCUUUAGUUGUCUGCCAGUAGAAAAACAAAAUUAAAAUUAUUAUAAUAUAGUUAUCAAAUUGCAUUUAAUCUCUCACUUAGUAUGGUUGUGCGUUGAACUAGAAAUCAAAAGCAAAACUGCGCCACCAAUAAAUAAAUAUAAUCUUAA